AUGGCGAGCGCUGACAUAUUGGACUCUAUCGUUUUUUUCCCCCCACAAAUCARCUACUUAUACGCCGGUCCCACUUUUUUUAAUACUCUACUCGGGGCAAUACUAUGCCGUCUCUACCCAUACCUUCUAGUCGUGGUUGUGUCGGCUUCGGUAUUGACUCUUUUUUUCAUUGCUAUCGAUAGGUACUUAGCCAUCGUCCAUGUACUUCGGACGCCGAUGAGUAUCCGAGCGGUGCGUCGGGCCAUCUUUUUUUUAUGGCUACUCAGCGCUGUACUAUACUCGUACGAAUUUUUUUUAUUCCGACCCUUUCCGAUUCCUAACUCGACACGAAUUUUUUUUAGAAUAUUGUGGACGAAUAAUGACAACGAAGACCUUUUUUUUUAACUAUCUCUUCAUAUCGCUGAUUUUAUGAUCAAACUGGUAUUACACUACGUCAUACCACUAUUGGUCAUGAUCAUAUUUUUUUUUAUAAUCCUUCUGCAUAUGUGGCAACGAAAAGCACCGUUUUUUUUCGCAGACAAACAUCAACGUCGGCUUGAAAAUCAAAAACGCAAGAUUGUCCGUAUGUUGGUUACGAUCGUUACGGUUUUUUUUUUUUGUUGGCUCCCUGUGCACACGUACCACGCCAUUGCUUUUUUUUAGUACGAGUGGAUACARUGUAGAAUUCCUACUGUGGUUUUUUUAGGGAUGAUUCUUGUUUCGCACGCUAACUCAGCCAUUUUUUUUUGUCUUUAUCUUAUCUUCAACCAGAACUUUCGUGAUUUUUUUUAACAUCUCAUUAAUAAGGAAAAAGUACAGCGACGCCAUUUUGUACUACAAAGCAUGAUGGGAGAUGUAGCCUCUGCGCAGCGGCCAGGGGGCUGGGGACGAGCGGAGAAUGGGUCCGCUACCAAUCUAGAUUGA